AUGCCUCCAACAGGUCUCGCCAUCCUGCUCGGCGCCGGCCCCACAACGGGCUCCGGUAUCGCUCGGGUCCUCGCCCGGCCAUCCCAAGGGAACCUCGCCGUCGCCUUACUCUCGCGCAGCGGCGACGUCCAGCUCGCUGAACGCUUGUCGCGCGAAUCCAACGGCGGCGUGCUCAAAGCAUUCAAAACCGAUACCUCGGAACUGAGCUUGAACAACGCAUUCGACGAGAUCAAGCAAUGGUCCGAAUCGCUGGGCAAGGAAAUGAAGUUGAAACUGGCCGUCUGGAGCAUCAAACACUCGCACAAGACGCCCUUCGAGGACGAGUCCGCCCAGCGCUUCGGCGAUAGUUUGCAGAUCUACGUCACCGGGGCCAUGGUGUUCAGCCAGCUUUGUCUCAAAUGGAUGCUGGCCCAGCACCCAAAGGACGUGGAGAAGAGCCUAGAAAGUGGGGGAGAGGAGAUGAUCAAGAAAGGAACGCUGAUUUUCACGGGCACCUUGGGCGCUUUGAGGACCAAUCCGGGGUACGCCGCCUACGGGGCCGGAAGGGCGGGCGUGAGGAUGCUGGCGCAGAGUCUGGCAAGGGAGUACUCUGCCAAGGGUAUCCACGUUGUCCACGCUAUUGCCAACGGCGGCAUCGUCGAUACCGAUUUGUCUACCGAAAACGGCGGGGAGACAGAGGCGGAGGCGAAAGAUAAAAUGGCCAAAGUCAUGCUGGGAGAGAGAAUCCGUGCCGAAAGUGUGGGCAGAUUGUACCUGGACUGCAUGCGGCAGAGCUGCGAUUUGUGGGUUCAUGAGUUGGAUAUGAGGCCCGCAAGGGAGAAAUUUUGA